GGGAAUUUUGUAGGGGCUGUUGCUUUGCAAUCGAUAUGUAGGCGAUUGGAACACAGCGGGUAAGACACCGGUCAGCCCAAGGACACUGUGUCCGCUUCGUGCUUUCUAUGAAAAAAAGCAGAGUUGGCCUGAGGAUGUUGCGUCCUUGUGAUACAGCUGUGCAAAGUAAAACAAGUAAUGAAUCAGUCAUGAAUAUACCAUAGAACAAAGGAUCUGCACAUCUGGAAAUGUAGGGUUUGAUAUAUGAGCACACGUACUGCUUAUAAAAAUACCUUUUUGUAUCUACUAAUGAUUAUGCUUUAAACCACAAAAAUGUAUUGCAUGGACCAAUUAGAAAUCGACAUGUAAUCCUGUAAUAGUAUAAAAAGCCUUCUGAUUUGUGUAUUAAAUGUCUUACAUUUACAAUCCAUAUUGGAUUCUGUAAGUCCAUUUCCUCAACUUUGGGAACAGUCAGCAUGCUAACAGCGCCUAACAGCGACAUCUGGUGACCCCCGACGUGAUCAGCAAGAGACCUGAUACCCGGGAAGAGAGCUGAGCUGACUGCAAAGCGGGGAAAAAGAAAAGAAAUUCCGCGGCGGCUGCGGCCGGACGUCCGAGAGAGGCGUGAGUGGUACCACGGAUUUUCGACUCAGCGGGUGAGUCGGCUGCCUUGAGCAGGGAAAAGGCGCGGAAUGGGGAAUACGGCCCCGGGAAUAGAAAAAGCUUCUGUUGAAGCCUUGUUGAAAUUUGGACAGAAAGCUGGAGACCCGCUGGAUCGGGCUCUAGUGACAGAUUUGUUGUCUUGGGCACGCCGUAGAGGCUUACUCAAGGAAACUGCACAAGUUUUUAAAGACGAGACGUGGAAGCGUAUAGGGGAGGAAAUAUGGGAAUCUGUCCAGACUGAUAAUAAAGAAGCAAAAAGACUUGCUUCAACCUAUCGACAGAUCAGUCUCUUAGUACAAAAAAUAGGAGCGGAGGCAGAAGUUGAAGCAAUAAUUCAGACCAUCUUGAAAGACGCUAAAAAUAAAGUAACAUCGGGAUCGGGGGCGGAGACAAAAACUGCCGCGGAGACAAAAACUGAGAUAAAAACUGAGACGAAAACUGUUUGCCCUGCUACCCAAGGUCCUUACGAUUAUCUCAUUCCUGAUUGGGACCCCGAUAAGGGAGCGGGAGGUUCACAAGUCCCCGAGCCUAUGGAAGUGGGACAAGCGGUACCAUCAGCUCCGCAAAUAGAUCCUGCAACUGUCCCUCUGCCUCCUGAGGAAGAGGAGUUAAAGACUCUUUUACAUGAGCAGGCAGAUGCAAUGACUAAACUAUUGAAUGAGAUGCAACGGUUGGAUAAAGGUUCCAAAUCAAGGGUGGUUAAAGAGAGUUAUCGCAAGGCACAUAAGUCUAUUGUUGAAGGUCUGAAAAAUGUUGAGAAACAAUUAACAAAGAUUGAGUCUGGUAAUUGUGUUCACCCUGCUGCUGUUACUGAAGAGAAAAAUACAGAUGGUAAAAUGUCAGUGGAAGGGGUUCGUCAACGGGUGUUACAAAGUAUCAGAGAUGGUGAAAUGAACAUAGAGGAGGGCGAUUGGUAUUUGCGGUCUAAGUAUGGUUCAGAAGCGAGACUGUCUGCGGAGGAUAAGAGAAAGCUUGCAGAUUGGUUUGCAUUGUAUCCUCAGUAUAAAAGGAAAGAGGAUUCAGCAAGUGGAAUGGUGGAUGAUGUCUGGAAGUGGUGGAGAGGGAAAGCGAAUGAGGAAAAGUCAAAGGAGACUCCUAAACAGAGAAAUUCUGAUUACAUUCCAAAAGAUCCCAACUUUGACAUGUCAAACCGGUGGAAGGGAGUUGUAACCAAUGCUGAAAUUACUGGGGAUUUUCAGUUUACAGCUGCACCAGUAACUAUUGAUAAUAAUGGACAGAGAAACUGGCAGCCUAUAGACUGGACCACAGUUGCCAAAAUACAGAAAGCAAUUUUAGAUUAUGGAAUAGACAAUCGACUGGUCAGAAGACAGAUGGAAACAUUUAUAAAACAUCAGACACUAAUACCCACAGACAUUAAACAUCUGUUUGAACUGAUGCUGGGACCUACGAGUUAUAUGAUGUUUGUUAACAAGUGGCAGGAAAGAUUAGAGCAGAAACAGCUUGAUAACUUGACACUGCCGCACGGAGAUCCCUUACGGGUGGCCUCCCUAGAGCAAUUGAUGGGGAACGGUCAGUACAUUGACCCACAGCGGCAAGCUGCGCUAGACUUGCGAAUUCUGGCUCAAAGCAAAGUGGCUGCCCUUGAAGCUUUCGCCAGUUUGCCACAGGUUGGCACUCCAAAACAACCAUACUUGCAAAUUAAACAGAGAGACUCUGAGUCAUUUAUGGCAUUUGUUGACAGAAUUACAGAAGGUGUUGAAAUGGCACCUGACAUUCCAGCCAACAUGAAAGAGACAUUGGUAAAAGAGAUUGCUAUGCAAAAUGCCAAUGCUGCCUGUCGGAGGUUAAUUGCCACUUUACCCCCUGCUGCUUCUUUACUGCAAAUGGUAGAACAAUGUUCUCGAGCCCCGAUGGAAGAAGAGAAGGAAAAGGCUCGAAUUCAUGCCUCUGCAUUAGCAGCUGCAUUGUCCAAAUGCUCGCCACAAGGAAAGGGGGACAAGGGCUCAAAUCCUGUAUGUUUUAAAUGUGGACAGACGGGACAUUUUAAAAAGCAUUGUCCUACAAUUAAGGCUGUUACUAACCAAGUAUCGUCGAUGAGUUCUCCAUUCGCAGGUACCUGCAACAAGUGUGACAAGUUCGGACACAGAGCAUCAGACUGCAAAUCCCGAUUUAAGAAGGAUGGAACACCUCUUGUGCCCCAGCAGGGAAACGGGGGAGGCCGCGUGGGGGGCGCGGCUCAGACCUCAUCUUAAGCGACCGGACCCCCCACAACGGAGGCUGCCUCGACGAUCUACUCGCCGCCACCAGAGGAAGCGCUGGCCUCGAUUUGGUCAAGGAAACGCGAAAGCCGAUGAGGUGGUGAGUGCUGGAGCCCAGCAAAAUGAUACUGAUGAACCUUCUGUUUCUGUCAAAUCAGCCACUCA